AGCUGUGGCGUUGUAGUUUGCGCAACGUCGAACGUCAGUGUGUUAUUCGGCUGUUUCUUGGUGCCGAGUUGUUUACCUUUGUGCUCGUAAUUUUCCUGAAGGAACGCUCACCGCUUUUGCUGGACCCCAGGAAAUCAGCGCAUGAAAUGCUGAAACAAUCAUCUAACAACGGAGUAUGUCUGUGUCGCUUGUGAUUCUCAAGUUAGAAGUGGCCAGUGACUUCCCACUUUUGCCUCACAUCAACUACGCUUCUGCGAGAGCUCGAAGGCUCGAAUAUUGCGCUGCCGCACCUUUUCGUGGCGGAGAGUGGCACUCAAGUAAGUUAGAAGAAAUUAUCAAGGAGAGUCGUGGUUGCCGUAAGCCGCACGACAUUGUGAUUGAAACAGUCAUAAUAGAACCUGAUGAUAUGGCCUCGAAGCAAGCUGCGCGAUGUCAGGGAGAGGAGGAGCCGUCGGGUGAUCGUCCAUGCACCGAGUCAUCUGCGUCCAAGGAAGGCGAUGUCAAACAAUACAAAGAUGCUUUAGGCACAUUGGACUCUGUCACAGGAUGCGCUACGGAGAGGCCCAAGCCGCCCGCGCCUAGCCAAAUUCCGUUCUUCAGUGGGAACCACAAUGUUGAAGUCACGAAAGGAAUACUGCACCUUUUUAAAGAGAACCAGCAGACUCCGCUGGGCGAGGCAGAGCGCAGUGAAAUGCUGUGCAUGUUAGCUGUUCCUGCGCUGAUGACCCUUCACGACUUGUUGCAGUUUAUCGCGCCCGUCAGUGCACACGUAGAAAGCAUCCGCGUCAUCCGUGACUCUAAACCGAAUCUCUACAUGGUGCUGCUCAAGUUCCGUGACCAAAAGUGGGCCGACGACUUUUACCAGAGUUUCAACGGUGAGCGGUUCAACUCGAUCGAGCCGGAGGUGUGUCAUUUGGCGUACGUUUCUCAGAUGGAAAUGGUAAAAGAAGGAGAAGGCGACGCUGUGCCAGGCCAUACUGAGCUCCCAACUUGUCCUGUGUGCCUGGAACGCAUGGAUGAGUCGGUAGAAGGAAUCUUGACCAUCCUCUGCAACCACACUUUCCAUGACGGCUGUUUGGCCAAGUGGGGCGACUCAAGCUGUCCAGUGUGCCGAUACUGCCAGACGCCGGAACUGGUGCCAGACAAUCGCUGUUUCAGCUGUGGUUCUCAGGACAAUCUCUGGAUAUGUCUCAUCUGUGGCCACAUAGGCUGUGGGCGGUAUGUUGAAGCACACGCAUACAACCAUUAUGUACGCACGGACCACACUUUUGCAAUGCAACUGGGCAACAACAGUGUAUGGGACUAUGCAGGUGACAACUAUGUCCAUCGCCUUGUACAGAACAAGACUGAUGGGAAGUUAGUGGAACUGGAAACUUCUCGCACGGACAGUGAUGAGAAGCUUGACUCUGUACAGUUGGAGUAUACAUACCUUCUUACAAGUCAGCUUGAGAAGCAGCGACGGUACUUUGAAGACUGCAUGGAUAUGCUCCAGAAAGAUAACAAUCGGCAGAUAAAUGAGCUAAAGGAGAAGACUCAGAUUGCAGUUGAAGAACGUAAAGAUCUGGAGCAAAAACUUCGACAGGUCACCAAAGACCGAGAAGCUGUGCGCCGCAAGUCUGAGCAGUUGGCUCAGCAGCUGAGCAAGACAAAAGGCGAACUCCAGGAAGAAAAAGAAAUGAACAAGUGCCUGCGCGAGAACCAGGUCGCAUGGCAAUCAAGGCUCAAGGAUGUCGAAACCAAGUUGCAGGAACUUCAAAAAACUAAGGACAAAGAAAUUGAGGAUCUACAGGAACAGAUGAGGGACCUAAUGUUCUAUCUUGAUGCAAAAGAAAAGAUUAGUUCUAGCUCAAAUGAGGUGCAACAGGAAAUGCAGGAAGGUACAAUUAUUGUUGGAGCACCCGGACCUUCAGGUACACCAACACACAAGCAGCGCAGACGAAGAAAUCGCUGAUUUAUUAAGUGUAUAAUGACGACAGUUUGUUAUUGCUGUGCCUCUUAAAUAGCUUUAGAGACAAGGCCUUUGUGUCAGGCUUGUGGCAAUUGCAGAGUGGCUUCAAGAGUUGUUUUGCUUUUUAGCUGAUGCUAUGUCAUCUGAGUUGUAUAUAUUAAAAGCUUUGAACAUUUUCAUAUCUUGUUUUUUUAUAUGCCUUUUGGAAAGAUGCAAUAGUCAAAUAGCUAUGAAUGAAUUUGCAAGUUGAAAGAGUGACUCUUAAAACUUUACUGCAAAAGAAUAUGCACAUUGUGUUCACAUGUUCAGUGUUCACAUGUUCAGCGGUUACGUGUGGCAAAAUGACAUUGCUUAACGAGAGACCAUGUUAUUUGUGUUGUGUCUUUCUUAUUUACUUUGCUAUUAUUAAAACCUUCAAAAGUCUGAACAACUUGAAUCAUAGUAGCAACAUCCAGCCUAUGCACUAUAAGCAUAUUUACUAGUCAUGUUUACUCUGUGAGUAAUCUUUCAAACUUUAAUUUUACGCCAUAAGUUUAUUGGCUCAGAUCAGCUAGCCUUUUACCAGCUGGCAUAGUUCAACAGCAAGCUAUGCGGAAAUUUAAAAAUAUUAUCUACCGCUGUCCUUAAGCCAUCGGUUCAGUUAAAGCAUGGCUUUCGGUAUCUGAGCUUUGAGUCAUAUGUGCACAAAUUGAGUUGCUGUGACAAUUCUAACGGAAAAUUCACAGGUGAUUGUGCAUAAAAAUAGGGUCCUUUAUUUUCGGGUUGUAUAUUUUUAUAAAUUCGGGCUGCAAAAAUUUGGCGUUAUUUUUAAAGAGUAAAAUCUGGAGAGAAAUUGGUGGUUUUGUUUUAUGGUAGCUUAAAGUUCAGAAUUAUUCUGCUAAAUUCCACAAACAAAAUUAUUAACACAAGCAGUGGUAUCCUUUUCGACACAAACUUACUAUUUAAACAAGGGAUAUUACUCACAGAAACACAAUGGCAAUGAGCGGCUCGCAAAUUAUGUGACAAACUCAUCUCUAUAAACCCUCAUUGACAGGUAUUAUUAGAAAAUAUAAAAGAAACUGCAUGAAUAAAAACAACAGAGAUGGGUUUGGCAAUCUCUUCUUACUUUAUUCUCUGCGCUUUUAUAUUUACUAAUAAUGCCUGUGAGUGAGGGUUUAUAGAGGUGAGUUUGUCACAAUUUGCAAGCAGCUCUUUGCCAUUACGUGUUCCUGCGAGUGAUAUCCCUUGUUUAAAGAAACUACAUUAAUAAAAACAACAAAUAGAGAUGGGUUUGGCUAACUCUUCGUACUAGCUUUAUUCUCCGCACUUUAUAAAAAGAAAAAUUGUGCACACAUCUAUGUUUUGCAAGAAGUGGGAUGCCUUCCCUUAUAUUACAAGCGCUUGUUGGCAUACUUUCUAUUUCUGUGCACCCUAGACUGUUCAUGCAUUUUGUCCUCGACUGAUGUCUUGUUUCACUGAUUCCCAAUAUACGCUCUUGCAACAAAAUGGAAUACCAACUAGACAAAUCACCCACCGUUCUUUGAAUGUAACGUAGUUUGCUAAAUAUCCUCUCGAUGUCACAGCUUCCGUUCGCAAUGUCAGCCCUGUAUUAAUUCGCAUUCUGGUGCAUUACUGCCGUUUAGAUGUAUGUGAGGUGCUGGAAAUGCAAUGCAGUGCCCUGUUGUCGUGUUCAUGUAAAUGCACCUACUAAAAAGGCAACAAGCUUUCGUUCACUCAAGGCUGGCAGGCACUGAAUUAUAUUUUUAUAUAUGCUGGUUUUCAAUUGAGUCUUUUGCCUCGGUGAAGUAUAUACCAUAUUCAUAUAAUAAUAUUAUUAACAUGAUAUAUCCUGGCCACUUUCUCGCACAAGGUGGACAGCGUUCAUUAGUUUUGUGACACCUGCAUUUAUUAUCCUUUGUGAAGCGACAAACUCCGGGAAGAAAUUGGGUUUCACCCAAUUUUCAUAAAUUUUCUUCAGGGUGUGAAAAUCGAGUAUUAUCAGGUUUUACCCAAAAAUGAAGGACCCUACAUAUAAACUAGCAUUUUAUGAUUGUGUUGAACAUUGUAACACAGGUUGGUUAUCUUAAGACUACUUCAGUUCAGAAUAUUUUUAUUUCUUCGAUAAAUGGUCUAUUUAAAUUGUCAACACUGGGAGUGUACAUUUGUUUUUUGACUAUAGACAGCACAUAAUAUUUUUGGCAUUGUUUAAUGGAUGACCAUUUUUCAAUAGGAUACUUAAUGUAAAGCUUUUAAUUUUCCUUGUCAGUGAUUUUAAAUCCUUGUGUGGAAUAAUCAGCACCAUUGUAUGUGAGGGGCAAUACCUCUGACUGACUCAUUCAUUGCAUGUGGUUACUUCAAUGUAUUCAGUUGCAUUGCCAUAGUGAAUGUUAGGCUUAUAUGGGAAAUUGUACUGCACUGUACCAUGUGCAGUAAUAAUUAUUAGUCAUGUGGUACAAUGUACCUUUAUUGACACCAUGUAUUUUGUCUCAAUUUGUAAGAAAUCUUUUAAUAUUGAUAUUUAUUAGAUUGUUGCUUUUGCAGAUUAUUAGUGUCCGAUUAAAGCGUUCACAAUAAACAUUUACUUUCAUGUCACUCACCUCUACAGACAUAAUAAUGUAGGCAAGCAGGGUAGGAGAUGUUAUCCAGCAUGUUCCACUGGAGAACCGCAAAUAAAGCACACUUUGUUUUGCUUUG